UGUCAACACCAUGUACAUAAAGAACAUUAACAGUUGUAUGUUGCACAUUUUCAUUUUUGUAGCCUUUCAUUCAUUCUCUCGCGAGAUCAGCGCGUGUUCGCGCCACUGGCGUCAUUUCCAUGAGACCUCACGAGCCAGAAGUAACGAGCUCGAGCUAGCUCAACAAGCUGCGUUGUUGUUGUUUUUAAACAAACAAACAAACAAACAAUGGCCACCUCCAAGAAGGGGAAGAAAGUUGUAAACCAAGAGGAGCUGCGGCGCUUGAUGAGGGAGAAACAAAGACAAACGUCCGACAAGAAGCGAGUCGAGUCUCCGUUUGCUAAAUACAACAGUCUCGGGCACCUUAGCUGCGUCCUGUGCAGCGUGCAGGUGAAGUCGGAGCUGCUGUGGCCGGCUCACAUACUCGGAAAACAGCACAAGGAGAAAGUUGCCGAGCUAAAAGGAAAGAGUCAACAACCGGUGACACAGCAGGUUCAGCCGGUGAAGAGGAAAGCGCCGGACGGCGAGGACGUGAACGGGAAGAAGGUGAAAGCUACCACCUCUGCGUCAGGACUGCCAGGUGAUUUCUUCGAGAAACCCAGCGAGCAGGAGGCUGUCUCUGCUAAAAAGUCUGCAGGUCUCAGUCUGUUGGCUGGAGUUUAUGAUGAUGAGGAUGAAGAAGAGGAGCAAGGGGCUGCAAACCCUCAAAAACCUGAAGCUGCAGGACUACCGAGUGACUUCUUCGACAGCUCCAUCCCAUCCACACCCGCCAUCUCCCACUCGGGAUCCAUCCUCAAAGCGGAGGUGCAGGAGAAGAUCACGGAGAAGAAAGACAACACAGCCGAGGCUCUCCCCGAGGGCUUCUUCGACGACCCCGUGAGAGAUGCCAAGGUGCGCAACGUGGACGCGCCCAAAGACCAAAUGGACAAGGAGUGGGAAGAGUUUCAGAAGGAGAUCCGGCAGGUGAACACGAAAUCAGAGGCCAUCGUGGCUGAGGACGACGAGGAGGGCCGACUUGAACGUCAGAUUGACGAAAUUGAUGAACAGAUCGAGUGUUAUAGGAGAGUGGAAGUGCUGCGAGACAAGCGGGAUGUGGUGAAGAGCAAGCCUCUGCCCAGAAAGGAUGAACAUAUGGAGACAGGCGACAGCGAUGAUGAGGAGGAGGAAGAGGAGAAUGAAGAGGAGCUGUUGGGGCUUUUGUCCCGGGACUGGAGAGCUAAAGAUGCUCUGGCUUGAGUCUCUCUGGAGCUCAUGUGACUGACCUCAAUUUUGUCCAGAGAGUUGAUAAAACAGGUCUUAAGAGAGGAAUUAGUUUUGUCAUUUAAGAGUCCAACAAGUGUAAAUAUGUGUGAAAGGAUGUCUUUUUUUUGUAUGUUUUGAAUGGAUUAAAUGUGAUGCAGUGACAUCAUUUCGUGACACAGCAGACAAGGUUUCUCAGUUCAUGAUUUAAAAAAAACAACAACCACAAAUCAAACCUUUUUAAAGUGUGUGUUUAUUCAUGGGUGCUCACACAAACACAUUCAUAAAAUCCCCCCGCCCCUCAUCCCAUGUACAGUAGCAGCAUGGAUCCAAAAAUCUAUGUCAUGAUGGCCGAAGCUGUUUGAUUUGAGCUCAACUAACCAUUGUCCUGCAAAAACAAGUAGUCGACUAUGUUAAGUUUAUAAAUAAUCGGUUCAUGUUACAUUAUAAGCAACAUGCAAAGCACAACAGAAUUCUAUUUUUUUAAAAAUGUACAAUGUUUAGAUUAAGACCAUAAAGUAAAUUUUUUUUACCCCAUCACAAGAUCAUUUGAGAAUACAUUUCAACCAUUUUUACAGAAUACAAUGUUCGAGUAUGACAAAUCGGGUUAUGUAAAUUACACCGUUAGGCCCAUAAAAAUGGAAUCAAAUGAAAUCAAGUAAAGAGUGAUGUCAGUGCUUCUUAUACUACCUGUUACACAUCGUGAGCUAGGUGUGCCCUCAGUCUACUGCAACCUUAAACAAGCAAUCUAUGUCUUUUUUCUUUUUUCUCUCUUUUUGUUAUUGCUACAUAUGCCUCAUGAAUUACCACUUCAAAAUACUUUCCGAAUGAUUCAAAGUGUUCAUAGCCCUUCAAAACUUUGCAGAACUGAAAACAGAAAAAAAAAACCAAAUCGAACAAGCAAAAUUACAGAUAAAUGCACAGACAAACUUAAACACACGACUUCAAGCUAAAUGUAUUGGAGAUGAACGAAGGAACAGAAACACAAUGAGCAGAAAAAGAGCAGAAAUUUUGUUCAGCAUAGAAAAGAGCACUCCUGUGCUCAGCAGUUAAGUCUGAAAUCUCUCUAAAAACCAAAACUAAAGACUCACAAAAAUCCUGCUUCUAGUAGUCAUUUGUAAACAUUCAUCAAAUUCUAUCUCGGGUUCUAUAAAUAAGGUUCAGGUGUGUUGUACCAGGUGUUUGUGUUGAUAGGGAAGGGGGUAACAAUUACAGCCUCCAGAAAUGCUAUACAAAAAUGUUACAUCAAGAUGAGACAGUUUGGUUGAACAAAAAC